AUGAACUCUCCUAUGAGUUACGCUAUUGACGAUAAGGACCUAGACGACGCCGCAUUAUGGGCGGUGAUCGACUCCGCCGCCGCCGCCGCCUCACUUGCUGCCUCCUCCACCACCACUGUCUCCAAAUACCGCAAAACUCUACCUUACAAUCACUCUCCAAUUCGACCUCUUCACAUUCCAAAUCCUUCUCCGCAGUCUAAUCCUAGAAACUUCCAGAAUCAUCACCGUGACGGUGAGGUACUAAAUCACCGACCACAAAAAAUCUCCAGGUCAAACACUAACUGCGUUUCGGAACUGAACGAGACGAGUCCGAAACCGAUGGCGGUAGUAAAGCACGUGCAGCGCACGCCGUCCGUGACGAAUUAUUCGUCGCCGCCAGUGACGAGGAGGUCUCCGGUGUCGCAGUAUGAUCAAAACUAUAACAGUCCGACUGGAUCGGAAAGUUCUCCAGACAGAGAUGGCAUCAUGAGGCAUAGCUUGGCCGGUCAGUUUCCAUCUGUUUCUCUGUUCAAGGAGUAUCAAAAUGCAGCUAUGGCGGUAAAAUUCAUCAAUUUUCAUUUUAUUUAA